AUGAAUUUCCUCGCCGAUUUUCUGCCUUUGGCUCCACCCGCUGAUGAAGAAGUAUCCGGUAUAAGAGUCAAUAUCAAAGAAGAGCUCAACGUCGAUGUCACCGAAGAGACCUGUCUGGAAAUUAAAGAGGAACCAUUUGGUUAUGCAGAUGAAAUGAGCGACGUUAAAGUGAAACAAGAAUUCCUCUCCUUUCACAAUGAUCAUGGUCAAAAACAUAGGGGAAAUGCCAGGGAUUUGUGUGUUUACGUUCAGGAAGGUCAUUCCUUGUUAAGAGAACCUUUUGUGACUAAGGAAAGUCUUAAAGAUAAACAACUAAAGCAAUAUACCUGUGAGAGAUGCGAGAAAGCUUUCUCAGGAAAAUGGAAUCUGGUGAGACACAUGAGAGUUCAUACAAAGGAGAAGCCAUAUAUAUGUGAGAUUUGCAGUAAGGCUUUCUCAGAAAAAAAUAAUCUAGUGCAACACAUGACAGUACAUACAAAGGAAAAGCCAUACAUCUGUGAGAUUUGCAGCAAGGCCUUCUCACAAAAAAUGCAACACAUGAGAAUACAUACAAUGGAGAAACCAUACAUCUGUAAUAUUUGUAACAAGGCCUUCUCAGUAAAAUCUAGGUUAGUUAUACACAUGAGAGUACAUACAAAGGAGAAGCCCAUUGUCUGUGAUGUUUGUAACAAGGUAUUCUCAGAAAAAAGUAAACUAGUGAAACACAUGAGAGUACAUACAAAGGAGAAACUACAUAUCUGCGAGAUUUGCAACAAGGCAUUCUCACAAAAUAGUGUUCUAGUGCAACAUAUGAGAGUACAUACAAAGAGAAGCCAUACAUCUGUAAUAUUUGCAACAAGGCCUUCUCACAAAAAUGUGUUUGUUCUAGUGAGACACCUGAGAGUCCAUACAAAAGAGAAGCCAUACAGUUGUGAGAUUUGCAGCAAGGCUUUCUCACAAAAAUGUGUUCUAGUGCAACACAUGAGAAUACAUACAAAGGAGAAGCCAUAUAUCUGUAAUAUUUGUAACAAGGCCUUCUCAGUAAAAUCUAGGUUAGUGAUACACAUGAGAGUACAUACAAAGGAGAAGCCAUUUGUCUGUGAUGUUUGUAACAAGGCCUUCUCAGAAGAAGGCAAAUUAGUGAAACACAUGAGAGUCACAGGUCUUAUGUCUACGAGGUGUAUGUUUGCAUGCUUUCACCCGGAGAAGACAUCUCAUAGAGAACAUGAGACUGCAUGUAAACUCAUUUCUGCUGUCACUGAUGAAAGGACAGCAACUACUGUACUAGUCAUAGCCUCCUCGAUGCAGCAACUGAUAGUGACUAUGAGUUUCCUCGCCGACUUUAUGCCUUUGGCUCCACUCAAGAACGAGGAAAUAUUCGGCACAGGAGUCAGUAUCAAAGAAGAGCUCAGUGUUGAUGUCACCGAAGAGACCUCUCUGGAAAUUAAAGAGGAACCAUUUGGUUAUGCAGAUGAAGCGAGGGAUGAAAUGAGCGACGUAAAAGUGGAACAAGAAGGCCUCUCUUAUCACAAUCAUCAUUGCCAAAAACAUGAAGCAAAUGCAGAGGACUCAUGUGUUUUCGUUCAGGAUUGUCGAGACUUGUUAGGAGCACCUGUUGUGGCUGAGACCUGUGGGAACAAGUGUUCAUCAGAUGCUCAUCACACGACGGAGAAAGAAAGUCGUAAGAAUAAAGACCUAAAAGUGGAAGCCACAUUGAAAUGUUUUGUGUGUGAGGUGUGUGGCAAGAAAUUCACUCGAAAGAGUCAUAUCAAUAUUCAUAUGCGAGUUCACAUAAAAGAGAAGCCAUAUACCUGUGAUAUUUGCAACAAGGCGUUCUCUCAGAAAGUUCAUCUAGUCAAACAUAUCAGAGUACACACAAAGGAGAAACCGUUCAAUUGUAAGACUUGCAACAAGGCUUUCUCUCAAAAAGAUCAUCUAGUCAAGCAUAUCAGAGUACAUACAAAGGAGAAGCCAUACAAUUGUGAAAUUUGCAACAAGGCUUUCUCUCAGAAAAGUAACUUAGUUAAGCAUAAGAGAGUACAUACAAAGGAGAAGCCAUACGCAUGUGAUAUUUGUAACAAGGCUUUCUCUCAGAAAAGUGAUCUAGGCAAGCAUAUUAGAGUGCAUACAAAGGAAAAACCAUACAUUUGUGAAAUUUGCAACAAGGCCUUUUCUCAGAAAAGUGAUCUAGGCAAGCAUAUAAGAGUGCAUGCAAAGGAGAAGUCAAACAUCUGUAAUAUUUGUAAGAAGGCCUUCACAGUAAAAGGUACUCUAAUGACACACAUGACAGUACAUACAAAGGAGAAGCCAUGCAUCUGUAAUGUUUGCAACAAGGCCUUCUCACGUAGAUAUCCUCUGGUGUGCCAUAUGAGAGUACAUACAAAGGAAAAGCCAUACAUUUGUAAGAUUUGCAACAAGGCCUUCUCUCAGAGUAGUGAUCGAGUGAAGCAUACCAGAGUGCAUACAAAAGAGAAGCCAUGCAUUUGUGAAGUCUGCAACAAGGCUUUUUCUCUAAAAGCUCAUCUAGUCAAGCAUAUCAGAGUGCAUACAAAGGAGAAACCACACAUCAAUGAAAUUUGCAACAAGGCUUUCUCUCAGGAAAGUGAUCUAAGCAAUCAUAUCAGAGUGCAUGCAUAGAAGAAGCCAUGCAUCUCUUAUAUUUGCAAGAGGGCUUUCUCAGUAAACUUAGUCUAGUGACACACAUGGGAUUACAUACAAAUGAAAAGCCACACAGGCCUUCUCACCUAAAAGUAUUCUAGGGAGCCAUAUGAAAGUGCAUACAAAGGAGAAGCCAUUCAUAUGAGAGAUUUAACAAUAUAUAUUUCUUUCUUACCGAUGUACUAUCUGAAGAGGCACAUAAGACUAUAUACAAAAAAAAAAAAAAAAAAAAAAAAAAAAAACUUUGUAAGAUUUGCAACAACGAAACUAUUGAGCUAUCUGGGAAUACAUACAACAGAAAAGCCAAGUAUAUGUAUUAUUAGAAUAAUUAGAUUAUUUAUUAAAUCGGCCAGAGGGAUAAUUAUUAGGUGUAAUUGGAAAAGAAUGCUUGGAUUGUCAUGGUGUUACUUACAAGCAAUCGGAAAAGAAACGAAGAUAUAUGUAAUUUCUUUUCAGUUGUUAAUAUUACCAGUAUCAUAAUUAUAACCAUCAGUACAUGACGUGCAAUUACAAAAUUAUUGACGGAUACUUUUUAUCGUUAAUUCAGUUGUUAUAUUUACCGGUAUUAUUAUCAUUAUGAUCACUGUCAUCAUUACCAUUAUCGUCAUAAAUAUUAUAAUAAUAACAAUAAUAAUAAUUAUCAGUAUCAUAAUAAAGCAUAAUUAUCAU